GAGGGGCAAAGAACAUGGCAAGGUUACACAUGAAAACUGCAGUCUGUUUUCUUCUUUCACACUCACAGAAAGAGAGAAGUAGAGAAAGGAAGCUUCCGUUUUGCUCUUACCUCUGUAAUAUCACACUAAACCAUAAACUAAAAACAGAACGGAAGAACUGAAUGCUAAGGAAGCGAGUACAUUCGUGAUACAGAGAGCCAGGAAAGAAGGCAAGACAGAGAGACUAUGAGAACAAUAAAAUAAACACGGCGGCUACACAUUGGCAGUUUACAGGACCAGCUCUGACAUCAGUGAAGUGAGAGAGGAAGAGGGGUGCAACAUUGCUUUACGGAAACCGCUUGACAGUUUCAUGCUGACACAGUUUGAAAAUAGGAAACAGACGCUUAAGAGAAACAGAAAGGGAAAGAAAGACAAAAGGAUAAAACAAAGCCCAUUUAAGCCAAACCAUGUUGAUGAAAGAAUACCGGAUAUGCAUGCCGCUCACUGUCGAUGAGUACAAGAUCGGCCAGUUAUACAUGAUCAGCAAGCACAGCAGUGAGCAGAGCGGAGGAGGCGAAGGGGUGGAGGUCGUCCGUAAUGAACCCUGCACAGACCCCAAACACGGAGCCGGACAGAUCACAGAGAAACGCAUCUACCUCAACAGCAAACUGCCAACCUGGAUAAGAAAGUUUGUCCCCAUGGUUUUUUAUAUCACAGAAACUGCCUGGAACUUCUACCCUUACACUGUAACAGAGUACACGUGUUCCUUCCUACCGAGGUUCCAUGUCAAGAUUGAGACGCACUUUGAGAAUGACAACGGUUGCAAUGAAAAUGUGUUUGGUGAUGACCCCACUCCAAAGGACAGUGUCUGCUUUUUGGAUAUUUUAAGCGAUCCAAUCCCUGACAAGCAUUAUAAGAAGUCGGAGGAUCUGAGCAACUGGGUGUCACAGAAAACAGGCCGGGGACCCCUUGUGGACGGCUGGAGGAACACCACUAAACCUAUCAUGUGCUCCUACAAAAGAGUCACCUGUAGCUUUGAGGUCUACGGCUUCCAGGGGCGAACAGAGGACUUCAUUCACAGGAACAUUCGUGACAUUCUGUUGGUGGGACACAGACAGGCGGUGGCAUGGAUUGACGAGUGGCAUGGAAUGACACUCGAGCAGGUGAGAGAGUAUGAGAGAAAACAGCAGGAGGAAACCAACAGCAAACUCAAUAGUGACAUUACCUGCACAGACUCUGCUCCAAUGCGACCCAGCUUCACUCGCUCCAUGUCUGUUACAGAUGAAUCGUCACUGAAAAAGAUGGGUGUAAAGACUGUAGACAUUCCAAGCUCUCCGUCCUGCCCUUCCUCCCUCAAAAAUCCCGUGAGAUUAAACUCUACACCAGAAUAAUACCACAUCGUCCACUGCCAGUACCUAGCCUACAUUUAACAAAAUUCUGGACUUGGACAUUCUCUCCUAACCAAAACUAGAAAGACUUUGUCACAUUGUCACUCACUGCUCUCCGUUCCAUCUGGACUUGCAUGCUUGUGUUCCAUGCAGAGGCUGGCAUCUGACAAAAACAUCUUACUGAAGAAUUGUAGAUAUUAUGUAAAAAGACUCUGGCUUCUCAUGAAGUUAAACCAUAGUGCCUUAAUUCAUGUUUCUCACAGACCUCACCAAAAUGGAUUGAACAAAUGGUCUAUUCCCCUGCCUACGAACAUGAAGGGGACCACAGAAUGCAGAUGAAUGAAUGAAUGAAUGAUGCAUUUAUAUAGCGCUUUAUUGUGUAUUUCCGUACACCCAAAGCGCUUUACAAUCAUGUGUGUGUGUGUGGGGCAUCCACCAGAUGAAAAGCCUCUAUUGACAUAAUCAGUAGACUGUUUCAGUGAAACCCAAUCAUAUGGAUUAUGGCAAUCAUGAGUGACUAGCUGAAUUUUCUAGUGGGUUACGGGUUAUUGAGGCUAACCUCUGACCCCGUAUCAAUACAUUGACGGAACACAAUUGAUUGUUUAGUCGUGCAGCACAUAGCGAGAACAUUAUCAAUAGUACUCUGGGUGAUCAGAUGAAAAGACUACAAUGGAUGAAGCAUUGUGUGUUAUUUGACACCUGUCUUUUUAAGAUGCCACUGGUGAUAGUGCAGAACCAUAAAUUCACAUCAUUGAUUAAUAAGCCAACGUUGUUAUGUCAAGCCGUUCAAACAAACCGAGGAAUGUUGAAAGUGCCAUUUCUUCACAUAUUUUUUUUUUAUAAUAAACUUGAGGGAUGCAUGAUA